AGCACGCCCCCGCCUCUCGUGGACUGGUCCUGCGUGCCCACGCUGGUGUUGGCUGUGAUUCUGGUGGUGGUGGCGGCCACGGCGCUGGCGGCGCGCACGGCUGACGGCAAGCAGAGCACGCGCCUGCCCGGCCCACAGCCGCUGCCCUUCCUUGGCACCAGAUGGCUCUUCUGGAGCCGGUAUAAGAUGAAUAAGCUCCAUGAAGCUUAUGAAGACAUGUUCAGGCGUUACGGGCCGGUAUUCGUGGAGACGACUCCUGGGGGCGCUGCUGUGGUGUCGAUCGCUGAGCGCGCGGCGCUAGAGGCUGUGCUGCGGGCGCCCGCUAAGCGCCCCUACCGCCCCCCCACCGAGAUCGUGCAGACCUACCGCAGGAGCAGACCCGAUAGAUACGCCUCCACUGGACUAGUCAACGAGCAAGGUGAAAAAUGGCAUCAUCUUCGUCGUCAUUUGACAGCGGAGUUGACGAGUCCCAACACCAUGCAAGGCUUUUUACCAGAGCUGAACAAUAUCUGUGACGACUUCCUAGACUUGUUGGACUCCUGUCGCCGCAGCGAUGGAACCGUGACUGGAUUUGAUCAACUGACCAAUAGAAUGGGAUUGGAGUCGGUAUGUGGCCUUAUGUUGGGCUCAAGGCUUGGCUUUUUGGAGCGGUGGAUGUCGGGGAGAGCGGCGACCCUGGCGGCCGCCGUCAAGGCUCACUUCAGGGCCCAGAGGGACUCUUACUACGGAGCACCGCUGUGGAAGUUCGCACCCACAACACUCUACAGAACAUUCGUCAAGAGCGAGGAGACUAUUCAUACGAUAGUAUCGGAGCUUAUGGAAGAGGCGAAGAUCAAGAAACAAGGUUCUGCCAAUGAUGACGGCAUGAGAGAGAUUUUUCUGAGGAUCCUGGAGAACCCCGCGCUCGACAAC